CCAUAAAUGAGAAGAUACUACUUGUACUUUUAUAUUCAUUUUUGGAACUCUCCACUGCUCCAGUCUCCAGCACGACUAAUCAUAUACUCCAGCUUCCAUUACAGACGUUGACAUUAUUGGACUUUCUAUAAUUCCUCCAUUGCUUUUCAAUCUCCACUUUACACAGAUUACUCUACACUAUAUCCAAAUUUCUAAUCAUUUUUAUCCUCGAAUUGCUAAUUUUAUAUUUCUGUUCACUGAUUUUUUUUUCCAAGUUAAUGGCCUUCCUUGCGAUGUCAUUACCGUAUCAGGCGGUGGUUCUUCCGGAGAAGCCUUUCGUAUCUGCUCGCCGGCUCGCUGUUAGGUCCCGGUGGAGCUCCGCCAUUUCUCAUCCGCGAUUUUUGUCAGUUUCUUGCAGGAGGACUUUUAGCAGCCUAGACUUUUGGUUCAAAGAUUCAUCAUUACUCUCAAAUUAUCAAAUGCACCAAAGAGGGAAGUGCUUGAGAAAUGCUACGAAGGAAGAUAUGGAGAAAUCAGUUUUUAGUUCAGACUUUUUGGAGGGCAACAAUAUAUGCUCAAGAUUGGGAUUCCAGGAUCCUCUAAAGGUUCACCCAAACAUGAUGAUACAUGCCCUAUCUAUAUCAUUUUGUAUCUUCCUUAAGUGGAGUCAUCUGAAUGUGGCCAAUAUAUUGCUGAAAAAUUUUAAAAGCUUGCAUGACUUUCUAAGGCAAACUUUUGGAUCUUCAAAUCUGCUAUUUGCAUCUGUAUCUAGUUCACUAAACAAGCCUACACCUCUCAACUUGGAUAUUUCUUUACCUUCAAUUGGUGAUAUGCAGUGGAGUUUUGCACGACUGCUAUACUUAUUCAACAUGCAAGUAGAAAGAAAUGUUGCUACGUUCUUAUUGGUACUAAUAGUAGCGUGCUUCUCAUUCGUUGUGAUUGGUGGGCUCCUCUUCUUUAGAUUCAGGGGUUACUCACAGUCUCUGGAGGAUUGCUUCUGGGAGGCAUGGGCUUGUCUGUGUUCUUCGUCAACCCAUUUAAGACUGAGAACACGCGUUGAACGAGUUGUUGGCUUUAUGCUUGCUAUUUGGGGUAUAUUAUUUUACUCUCGCCUAUUGAGCACGAUGACAGAGCAGUUAAGAAGUAACAUGCAAAAGAUCAGAGAGGGUGCACAAAUGCAAGUUCUGGAAACCGAUCAUAUAAUAAUAUGCGGAGUGAAUAGUCAUCUGAAUUUCAUACUAAAACAGAUGAACAGGUAUCAGGAGUUUGCCAUCCGCUUAGGCACCGCUAAUGAAAGGAGGCAGAGAAUUCUUCUCCUUUCUGAUCUUCCAAGGAAGCAGAUUGAAAGGAUGGCUGAGAAUAUAUCUAAAGAUCUUAAACAUAUUGAUAUUCUCACUAAAAGUUGCAGCCUCAGCUUGACAAAAUCUUUUGAAAGAGCUGCAGCAAAUAGGGCUCGUGCUAUAAUUAUAUUGCCAACAAAAGGGGAUAGGUAUGAGGUUGAUACAGAUGCAUUUUUGUCAGUACUAGCAUUACAGUCACUUGGACAAAUGACUUCUGUUCCUACUAUUGUUGAGGUUUCUAAUUCCAGUACUUGUGAGUUGCUGAAGUCAGUAUCAGGACUUAAAGUAGCGCCAGUAGAAAACGUUGCUUCGAAAUUGUUUGUUCAGUGCUCUCGACAGAAGGAGCUCAUCAAAAUCUACCGACACUUACUUAACUACCAAAAAAAUGUUUUUAAUUUAUGCGAUUUCCCUAACCUAGCUGGAAUGAAGUACCGGCAAUUGAGACGUGGAUUACAAGAGGUCAUCGUCUGUGGUCUUUUCCGAAGAGGGAGAGUAAUCUUCCAUCCAAAUGAUGACGAGGUCCUAAAUGAGACUGACAAAGUUUUACUCAUUGCUCCUCUUUAUGGGAAACAAAAGCCACAACUUUCCUAUUCUAAUGUUGAAGAAGUCAAAAAGGAGAUUCCCAACAUUGAAGACUUGGGACUGAAAGGUGACUUGAAGAAAGAUACAGUAGAAAUACCGAAAGUGCACCAUCAAAAUACUAAAUCACAAGGGUUAAGACGUCAUUCUAAGGCAUCAGACUGGACUGUAGGACCCAAAGAAAGCAUACUGUUGAUAGGUUGGCGCUCAAACGUGGCAGAAAUGAUUAAAGAAUAUGAUUCUUAUCUUGGACCUGGAAGUGUAUUGGAAAUAUUAUCUGAUGUACCUAUAGAGGAGAGGAAUAGCACACUUGCUGGUUUAGGGAAACUCGAACACAUACAAGUUUCCCACAUGGUGGGCAACCCCAUGGAUUAUGAUACCUUACAGGAGGCAAUAAUGAGAAGCCAAACUUCUAUAAAAGUAGAUGAAGAGAUGCCAUUCUCAGUUGUUGUAAUCUCAGACAAAGAAUUGAUUCUUGGAGAUUCAUCCAGGGCAGACAAACACUGUGUAUUUACUCUUCUCUUGGCCGAGAGUAUUUGCAAUAAACUUGGACUAAAGGUGCAAAAUCUUGUUGCCGAAAUAGUUGACUCAAAACUUGGCAAACAAGUAAUGAAAAUUAAGCCAUCGCUGACUUAUAUUGCCGCUGAGGAACUGAUGAGUCUUAUUACUGCUCAUGUUGCAGAGAAUAGUGAACUGAAUGAAGUAUGGAGAGACAUUUUGGACGCUGAGGGUGACGAAAUAUAUAUUAAGGAUAUGGACUUGUAUAUGAAAGCGGGCGAAAAUCUAACGUUCAAUGAACUGUCUGAAAGAGCAUGUUUAAAGCGAGAAAUUGCCAUUGGUUUUGUGAAAAAUAACAAGAAGGUAAUAAAUCCAAAUCCCAAAUCAGAACCUCUAGACCUUGAUUUCACAGAUUCGCUAAUUGUGAUAUCCGAGUAUGAAGGAGAACAACCUAUAGUCCAGUAAAUUUGUAUCUCCCUUAUUAUUCGGCCACGUACCCAUUUUUUCAUUAUUCGUUUUUAUUAUUGUUGUACAUAUGCCUACGAGUAUGAAGGAAACAACCUAUAGACUAUACUCGAAUAAAUCUGCUUCAACUAAUCUUGAGGUGCAUGAUGUGAUUACUUUCUUACUGGGAGAUUGGUUGCUCCGACAGAAAUACGUUCUUGGAGAUUGUAUGUGACCUUGGCUGUAGUUCAUGGCUGUCUAUGACAUUUUGGGGGCCUUGAAGAACAAUAGUAGAUGUAAAAAAAAUUCAUUCAUUGAAGCAUAAAAUAUUUUGACAAGUUACAUCUUCGAUUUCACUAGAUGUAAAAAAUAAAAAAUUAAAAGAUCAUGAAAAAAUGUGUUCUACAGGCGUUUCGAGUUGCAAAAUCACUAAUAAAUGUUUUAACAUCAAUCUUCUCCAAAGUUCCUUUUCAACUUAUAAAAUUGCAAGAUUAAUCAAUCGUUCUUGUGACAUUGAUGACCUCAAGUAGGUUGUGAUCAACUUUAAUUUUGAAAAACUCCUUUUAGCUGAUACCAUAGUCAUCGGGAUGGUUAGAAGUAUUCUUUAAGCAAUUAAAACAUUUGGAUAACAAUUUGUAAAUUUGACAAACUCAAAAUUUAUAUUAAGAUAAAAGAGACUUCAAAGCGUUUUGCAAUUCUAUAAAAAAUCCUAAUCCUAAUGUAUCAUCCACCUCUAAAUACUCUAAAAGUACUCAUAAAUUUUAUUAUUAUUUUGAACAUAUUCACACAACAUAUUAAAUUCAUUUGCU